UGUUCGCGCAGGCGAAAAUGGCCUAAAGCGUGAAAUGUUUAAUCCGUUGUUGUUUCUCCUCCGCAAUAGUUACGAAUAGAAACAAAUGCAAAAUGGCUGUCUAACGUUUAAGUGCAGCGACCGCCGAAGAUCGUGGAAAAUCUGCAUGAAAAGCGGCUCGCAGGCAAAUGGAAGGCGCGUGAAAAUGUAGCAGACACCUCUUUAUCGCGAAAACGAAUAUCGGUGCAAAGGGAAAAACAAAAACCAAGGAAAAUACAGCCAAACGCGAAUGUGAAUGUGAAGGCAAAUUUGGAUUGAAGCGGUGCAGGCGACAUAAGAACGCGAUAAACCCAGUGCAGGUCGACCGAUAAGCGAAGAAGCCGACUGGCGACGAUAAGUGGGAUAUCUGAAACUAUAUCAGCGAUAUAGAAGUCGCAUCCGGAGGAACCGGAGCGAGCAUGUCGCACGGUGGAGCCGGUGGCGGUCUGGGAGCUCAAACUGUUGGAGCCGGCCAACUUGGAGGCGGUGCAGCGGCAGCUGGCGGUGGAGAAUACCGCGAACUCCACUGGACGGUCUCAAGCGUAAUGGACUCGUCUCGGGUCUCCACCUGCCUCAUAUCGAUGCUGCUCAUAGUCUAUGGCAGCUUUCGAUCCUUGAACAUCGAGCAGGAGGCCCGCGAGCGGGAGCAAAAGAAGCGUAAUGAAUCGAUGACCAAUCUGCUGACCGGCGAGCCCGUCGAGAAGGAACCAAAUCUGUAUUUCACAGCGGAUAAAUUCGCCACUCUGGACACGAUGCAUGCCCUGUGUUUGCCCCUCGGAGCUUCCAUCUCACUGCUCAUCAUGUUCUUCUUUUUCGACUCGAUGCAGCUGCUCUUCGCCGUCUGCACAGCGAUUAUAGCCACCGUGGCGCUGGCCUUUCUGCUGCUGCCCAUGUGCCAGUACAUCAUCAGGCCAUGCACGGAUGGAAAGCGAUUCUCCUUCGGAUUCUGCGGUCGCUUCACAGCCGCGGAGCUCUUCAGCUUUACGCUUUCGGUAUCGAUUGUGUGCAUUUGGGUGCUCACUGGCCACUGGCUGCUAAUGGAUGCAAUGGGCAUGGGCCUUUGUGUGGCAUUCAUUGCGUUUGUGCGUCUACCCAGCCUUAAGGUGUCCACGCUGCUGUUGACCGGCCUGCUCAUCUACGACGUCUUCUGGGUAUUCCUCUCCUCGUACAUCUUCAGCACCAACGUGAUGGUCAAGGUGGCCACGCGACCCGCCGAUAAUCCCGUGGGCAUCGUGGCCAGAAAGUUGCAUUUGGGCGGCAUUGUGCGGGACACACCAAAGCUGAAUCUGCCCGGAAAGCUUGUUUUCCCCAGCCUCCACAAUACGGGCCACUUCUCCAUGCUGGGGCUGGGUGAUGUGGUAAUGCCGGGCCUGUUGCUGUGCUUCGUCUUGCGGUAUGAUGCGUACAAAAAGGCGCAGGGCGUCACAUCGGAUCCCACAUUGUCACCGCCCAGGGGAGUUGGCUCCCGGUUGACAUACUUUCAUUGUUCCUUAUUGGGUUAUUUCUUGGGCCUGCUUACAGCGACGGUCAGCUCCGAGGUUUUCAAGGCGGCCCAGCCAGCGCUGCUGUAUCUAGUGCCCUUUACGUUAUUGCCGCUCUUGCUGAUGGCCUAUCUGAAGGGCGACCUGCGGCGCAUGUGGAGCGAGCCGUUUAUCGCGCAACAACCAUCAAAACAACUGGAAGUCUGAGUGUACUCUAUCUAAAAGCAAAGAAAAACAAAAAAACAAGCAACAAACAAUGUGAAGAACACACACAUAAGAUCUAAUACUAACGUUUGUCUCUUAAAUAACGUAUUGAGUAUGUAUUUUUUAACUCAACUUAACUAAGUUUCGUUUUAAGUUAGGUGAUCCUCGUUUUCAUAGUGAAAUAAAAGCAAAAACCGAGUAA